CCGCCGUCUCUCCCCUCAUCAACUCCAACGUUCUUGAUAUGACAACCUGGGUCCCAAAGCGAUCGUUCGAAGAAUGUUAUCGGAUACUAUGCGGGCCUGGAGAGCUACACGAGAUCGAAACAAAGCUCGUCGGUGACCAAGUCCAGCGAGUAUACAAAAAUAUGUGGCCCUCUCUGCGCGACUUUUGGCUUUGGGCCACAUCCGAAUACAAGGACGCCACCUACAUCGUGUUCGAGAAACACAGACGGACUUAUAACGAGGCGUUCCAACGCUCCAUCGUGAUAGCGGCCAUGCUCCGCGCUCGGUAUAAUAUUCAGAAGGGCGACAGAAUCAUUAUAUGUUCGCGUAAUUUUCCGGAAUAUCUGCCCACGUUUUGGGCCUCCCAGUUGAUUGGAGCUGUAUGUGUCUUUAUGAACGCGUGGCUUCCAAUAGAGCCUUCAAAACACUGCAUCUCAAAUACCCAAGCCAAGCUCGUCAUUGCCGAUCCAGAGCGUGCAGACAUGCUCGAACCUUUCACAAACGAGAUCGCCAAGUCAGCUGGGACGGUCGGGUUUCUAGUGUGGGAGCAGCAGGAGGGGAAAGGGAAAUGGGCAGGAUUCGACCUUUGGACACAGGUGGUAGAGGGACAGCCAGCGGUUGAUACGCAUGCCUUCUUGCACGAGCUGCCCGCUCUUGGACCGGAGGACAACGCCGCCAUAUGUUUUACUUCCGGAACGACUGGACUGCCCAAAGGAGUACUUAGCACCCAUCGCCAGUUUUUGACCAAUGUGCUUAACGUCAUGGUGUCGACACGGCUAGCAUCACUACGGAAAGGCGAAUCAUAUUCGCGAGAUUUAGGUAUUCCUGGUCCACAGAAGGCUAUUCUCAUUUCCGUCCCACUUUUCCACGUUACUGGAAUGACGAGUAUGUCGAUGCUCGGGACCUUGCGAGGGCUGAAAUUGGUGUUCAUGCGAAGAUGGGUAACGGAUGAAGGGGCCAACCUCAUCAAACGCGAGAAUGUGGCAGUGGCCGGAGGCGUUCCAUCCAUGGUCUCCGAUCUCGCAGACAGCUCUGCCGCCGGCCAUCCCCUCGACGGCCUUCUAUUCGGUGGCGCUUCGGCGCCUGACUGGCUUGCCAAAAGAGCACGGGAGGCCUUCCCUGCGGCGAUGUCGAGCCAGGCAUAUGGUCUGACGGAGACGAAUAGCGUGGCGGUUGGCUUUGCGGGAGAGGAUUACGAUUAUAGACCUACAAGCGCUGGGAGGGCGUCGCCUGUUAACGAUAUUCUGGUCGUGAAGGGCGAUAAAGUUGUUCUUCCAGGCGAACUAGGUGAAGUUUGGCUCCGGGGGCCGAACGUCAUGAAGUGUUACUGGAAUGAUCCUGCCGCAACGGCGAAAGCUGUCACUCGAGACGGAUGGAUGAGGUCCGGAGACAUCGGUUACCUAGACCACGAAGGCUUCCUCUACAUCCGCGACAGGAUCAAGGACCUUAUCAUUCGAGGCGGGGAGAACGUCGAUUCUGUGAGCGUCGAGAAUGCGGUUUCGGCCGACGAGAGGUUACUUGAGGUAGCGGCGGUGGGCGUGCCGGAUGCUAGGCUGGGUGAAUUGGUGACUGUUGUGGCUUGUGUGAAACCGGCCUUCAAGGGCAAGGUCCGAGAAGAGGAGGUUAUUGAGAGUGCGAGUAAGAGGCUGGCCAAGUUUGCCGUGCCGGUUAUGAUCGUACUCCAGGACGAAAGAUUGCCACGGACUCCGUCUGCCAAGAUCCUGAAGACCGAUCUGAGACAUCUGGCGAAGGCUGAGUGGGAGAGACGGCGAGGUAACGCCACGAGUCAAGUCAGGCCGAAAUUGUGAAUAGGUUCAUCGUUCCUGAUCUUGGACGUCGGAGAUGGUUCUACUGCCCACAUGCCUUCAGGGUGGAUUUAUGAUCUUCUAUGAUAUUCCUGUUAUACGUUUCUGCUUUGUAGACUACACACACACAUUGAUAUGCUGGAUGCUUU